GUUGGUCGCAGUUGGCAGAGAACUACAGUCGUUUUGGGGGCGACACCGCUUCGUCGGAUCGCAUAUUCACUCGCAUACGUUACAUACAGAUCCGUAUACUAUACGCAUUGGCGAAUAGAUGGGGGUAUAUGUUAUUCUUGUUAAAAGUGCUAAUAAAUUGACUGGCUGCGGCGGCAAGUGUUCCGCGUUAUGAAAUUCGAAAGGGUUCGGUGCGAGGCGUGCGAAUUGCGGCCGCCUGUUUGCCAGCUGUGAUAAAUCCAGAACUACAACGGUGGGAGAUAGUGCAUAACCCCCAGAAAGAUUCCACCGAUUGGAAAAAGGGAACCGGGUGCCGGGUGCCGGGUGCCGUCCAGUCAUCGUUCGCUGGCUCGCGUCUAAAGUUCUCUCCAUCAGCUUGUAAUUGUGAGCUGUUGCUUUUUAUUAACUCUCGGCUCGUUCAGCCGUUGUUUUUCGUCCCCGGAGUGUGUUGUGCCGUGCAAUUAGAUGUACAUAAAUUGGCGGGGGACUCCGAUCUCGCUCUGACACCCACCGCAGCAGAGGCUGAAAAUAAUAAUAGCAGCUCUCAAACGCGGCGAUAAAACAACAAUUUAAACCCGCGGCACUAUUAACCAGCGGAGGAGAAAAGAGGACUGCACUCUAAAGUUCUCUCGUUUCGUUGCGACUCGCUGAUUUCUGCCGGUUUUGGAGUUAUUGUGACCACCAAACUGUGAUUACCCAGGCUCCAGCAAAAAUGCGUCGAAAAAAAGUGGAGUACCGUGUAAAGCCGACGCCUUCGCGGCCAUUGCAGAUGGCUGAUGGCCGGAUUGGAGCUCUUGAAGAGGACAUGCCGCCGGAGGACGAGCUGGCGGCCCACUAUGAGGCAUUCGGCACUACCCCACCUCGCACUCGGCUCAAAAUCAAGAACCGCGACUGGGAACGCAAACAGAAGGUGGUCAAUGUGGCGGCCUCCGCAGAUUUACCCGCCAGUGUGGGCGGUACGCCCAAAAAGAACACCCGGAUGGCCCGAUCGCGCGUCCUGCGGCGCAACACCAUGGACUGCGCCCUGCUCAACGAGAUGUUCGUCAACGAGGAGAGCAAGCGGACGGACAAGCGGCUGCAGUCGUUGCUCCGCGACUCGGAGCGCGAGAUGAAGAGCUCGCUGGCCACGACGGCGGUGGCGGCUCCGCGGGGCAACAGCUUUCACGAGACGGCACACCCACUGGAGUCUCUCGACCAGAUCAUGCCGCUCAGCUCGGAGACGAUGGCGCCGCUCCCACUGCGGAUUGCCUCCAAGGUGGUGGAGAGCUGCAACCGCUACCGCUGCGUGUCGUCACGACCGAUUGGCUAUCGCUCGUCGGCGCCGCCAUUGGCCUUUGCCGCCCAACUGCCCGCCGGGAUGUUGAGAAGCGAUGGCAGGGCCACCGCUGGACUGGGGAAACGAAAGGACUUCCACGACACGUUCGCCAACCUCAUUAAGCUGGGCAGCGUGGACCGUCAGGAUGCCAAGCUGUCGCAGGAGGAGCACACCUGGCAGACGGAGCUGAAGGAUCUCAUCUGGCUGGAGCUGCAGGCCUGGCAAGCCGAUAGAACGGUGGAGCAGCAGGACAAGUAUCUCUUCGAGGCGCGACAGGGCGUCUCCGAACUGCUCACCCACAUCAUCAACUACAAGUUCCAGCCGCGUUACCGUCGCGAGCCGAGUCUGAUCAGCCUGGACAGUGGAAUACAUUCCGAUAGUAACUCCAAUGCCAGCUCUCCGCUGCCCAGCAAGAUGUGCCAGGGCUGCAUGUCGCUGUACUGCAAGGAUUGCAUGGAUCACCAGGAGUUGGCGCUGCGGGAAGUAGAGCACAUGCUCUCGCGUCUGGAAGCCGCCGAGGCCCUUUACCCAUCUUCACAAGCCAUGGGCGCCCUGCAUCCCAUUUACAAGUCACAGAGCUUUGUGGGUCGCAUCAAGUCCAUGUGCUUAUGGUACAACAUUACCAAGCAAAACAAGCUUAAGCUCAGUAUUUUGGGCAAGAUUCUAGCCAGGCUGCAGGACGAGAAGUUCUCCUGGCCCGUCUGCACGUCAUCCUACAUCGCCACGGAUAGCGGCAGCUCAUCUGCCUCUGGUGUGGAGAACGAUGACUCGGCUGUCAACUCGAUGGACUCAUCCAAGCCGCCCAGUGUGACGGGAUCGGCCACGCGCAAGGGCUGUCGCAACGGAAGUGUCACAGCCUGCCACAAGGUGCAGUUCAUGCUAAACGAUGCCACUCAUGUGCCCGGCGAGACAUCGAGCAGCAAUGAAUCCACAUCCACGGAGAUCAGCCAGCUGUCCAGUGAGUGCUCGCACGGCCACAUGCGCAAGGGAUCCAUGCACGACAUCAACAUCUUCAGUGUGGAGCCAUUGGGUUCGUGCAGCAACAAUGGAGCUGGAGAGCAGUCCACGGGAUUGUAUCGUAAGUUCAUCGAGAAUGUGCUCAAAAGUCGUGGACUGGCCAAAUCCCUGGCAUUCCUACACAAACUGCACAACGUGGCCCUGUACAAGGCGCACAUCGCUCUGGAGAAACCCGGAGCCGAGGACUUGGAUUACGAUUCAGACACGGAGGCCGUUGAGGAGGAUGUGCCGCGACUGGACCCGAAAAUUAGCCGCGAGCAGGUCGUGGAGCUGCGCACCUACGGCUACUGGAGCGAAGAAGCGCAAUCGAUUAAUCUGCCCUCGUACAUUCCCACCUUCGUCUUCCUGAGCGGCAUUCCGCUGCAGUUCAUGCACGAGUUCCUGCGCAUGCGUCUCGAAACGCGACCCGUGCGACCCAAUCCCCUGAGUCUGGAGCAGCUGAUGAAGGAGCUGCGUGAGGGUUUGACCCUGGCCCUGACCCAUCGCGAGCGGUAUCAGCGUCACAUAACCACGGCCCUGGUGGAGAACGAGGCGGAGCUGGGCAGCUACAUUAGCAUUCUGAAUCACUACGAUGCGACGGUGCGGAAGACCUUUGAGCUGUACCUGGACUACAUCGACCAACUGGUCCUGGUCGCCGUUCCCGAGGGCAACCAGAAGUCGGUGCUGGAGAAAGAGUGGAUGUUCACCAAGCUGAUAAGCCCCAUGAUCAAGGGCAUGCACACAUUGGCCUCACAGAAAUUCUGCGGCAUCAUCAGCAAGCUGUUGCGCAACAUUUCCGAGCGACUGGUGAAACGCACUGUGGAGCUGGACCAGCAAAUCGAGGGCACCAACGAGAGUGACGACAACGAGGAGGUCAAGUGGCAGCUGCUGACCAUCUGCCGGGAGACGCAGUCGCUGCUCACCGUCGAGCGGGAGCGCUCCAUCAAGGUGCUCUUCUUCGCCAAGACCUUCUGUCGCGACGUGGAGACCACAGACUUCCAUCGCGAGCACUACGAGCACGACGUGGCCAACCAGCAGCACGACUUCAUCUGUUCGGAUGUGAAGGCGGCAUUUAAGUUGUUGCAGCAGGAUGUUUUGCAGGUGCGCAACAAGCUGACUGCGAUCAUCGAGGGCGUACAGAAGCGCUGCUGCUUGAGCAACAUGCGGGACUUGGACGAGCAGGACAAGCAGGCUGUUCUGUCGCGCACCCGCGAGAUCCUGCACCAGGGCUACAAGUUUGGCUUCGAGUACCACAAAGAUGUGAUCCGGUUGUUCGAGCAGAGGAUUAUGGACCAAAAGGACAGCGGUGCGCAUACGGUGGAUCUGGCAUUGGGCAUCAUCGCCUACGCCAAGAUGUGGAUGCACUUUGUAAUGGAGCGUUGCGAGCGGGGGCGUGGCAUGCGCCCUCGCUGGGCCUCCCAGGGUCUGGAGUUUCUAAUUCUUGCCUGUGAUCCGCAAAUCACUCAGCACCUGGACGACCACGAGUUCGAGGCGCUAAAGCAGCAAAUGGAUCGCUGUAUUUCGCACGUGAUUGGCAUCACAUCGGAGCCGGAGAAGGUGGCCAAGAAGAAGGCCUCGCCACGCACACGCAAGACUUCGUCGCCGGCAACCUCACGCUCCCGCACCCCCACCCGGACUCCCAUGUCCGCUGGCAUGGUGCUCAAUCCGAAUACGCCGCCGCUGCAGUCGCCACCGUUCAACAAGCUGCUGCAUCCGCAGUUCAGCUUGAAGGAGGAUCUGCUGCAGCAGUCUGCGAACACCUACAGCUCCGUGGACAGUGCCGACUAUGUGGACACUCCGUGCCAAAGGAGUCCCAAUGGCGAGCUACGUCUGCUGGUGCCCCAAACGCCGCCGACGGCCGCCUCUUCCGGGAAGGCCAGCAUCGAGAGCACACCGCUGGCACUGCGGCAGGAGCGGGUGAGGGAUGCGGUGAAUCGCCUGGAUAUGGAUCUGGAGGACUCGUUGCGCGAGCGCCGGCUGAUUGGGCAGGUGAAGUCACUGAACUCCAGCGACAAAGUGCAUAUACGAGCACGAAGUGUCCACUUCCGCUGGCAUCGCGGCAUUAAGAUCGGCCAGGGACGCUUCGGCAAGGUGUACACGGCGGUGAACAACAACACGGGGGAGUUGAUGGCCAUGAAAGAGAUCGCUAUUCAGCCGGGCGAAACGCGGGCGUUGAAGAACGUGGCUGAGGAGCUAAAGAUACUGGAGGGAAUCAAGCACAACAAUCUGGUGCGCUACUACGGCAUCGAGGUGCAUCGCGAGGAGCUGCUCAUCUUCAUGGAACUCUGCUCCGAGGGCACCCUCGAGUCGCUGGUGGAGCUGACGGGCAAUCUGCCGGAGGCCUUGGUCCGCCGCUUCACCGCCCAACUCUUGGCGGGCGUGUCCGAGCUGCACAAGCACGGCAUUGUGCAUCGCGACAUCAAGACGGCCAACAUCUUUCUCGUGGACGGCAGCAACAGCCUGAAACUAGGCGAUUUCGGUUCGGCGGUCAAGAUCCAGGCGCACACCACCGUGCCCGGCGAACUGCAGGGCUACGUGGGCACGCAGGCGUACAUGGCGCCGGAAAUGUUUACAAAGACCAACAGCGAUGGCCAUGGCAGGGCCGCCGAUAUCUGGUCGGUGGGCUGUGUGGUUGUCGAGAUGGCCUCGGGCAAGCGUCCUUGGGCCCAGUUUGAUUCCAAUUUCCAGAUCAUGUUCAAGGUGGGCAUGGGCGAGAAGCCGCAGGCUCCGGAGAGUCUCUCGCAGGAGGGGCACGACUUUGUCGAUCACUGUCUGCAGCACGAUCCCAAAGCUCGCCUGACGGCAGUGGAGCUGUUGGAGCACAACUUUUGCAAGUAUGGACGAGAUGAGUGCAGCAGCGAGCAGUUGCAGAUGCAGGUGCGCGGCUCUUUCCGGCGGAAUGUGGCGACAAGCAGCUAAUCGUGACCCGGUGCUUAAUUAUCUAUACCUCCGUUUGUUUGGCUCACCCCUACAUAUGGUGCAUAUGUGAAACGGUGUGAGCUUUGCUUAGUGUCUAACUUAUGUGAAUGUUGACUAUUUGAAUGGCCACGUCUAGUUUUAUGUUGGACAAUAUAUAACCCGUAUAAAGUAA